AUGGAUGUCGAAAUCCCGGCAAUUCACCCGGCGGUCGCCGUCAGAGCUCCCCGCGAGCCACUCAUUCUCAUCGAUGCACCGACGUAUCCACCCGAUGCCGGCGAAGUCAUUGUGAAGGUUGAAUGGACUUCUUCGACACCUUAUCACCUGCACCAGGCCGACGGAGGAUUAUUGAUCGACAUGUUCCCCCGCAUUCUUGGCGACACUUUCGCAGGGACGGUGCUUAUGGUUGGCCCCGGCCCGCAUCAUGUCGAUCUCGAAGUUGGCGACAAAGUUCUGGGAUACUCAUUCCGCGACGUCAAGGAUGGCAAAGAGAAGGCUGCACAGACGCUCAUCACUGUACCGACAUAUUUGCUCGGCAAGAUGCCGCAAGGCUUGACCAUGCAAGAGGCUGUCACUGUUCCCGACAACAUUGUCACCGUUUUCCAGGCUGCCGUCAUGGAUCUCGGCCUGCCGCUGCCGUGGCCUAUUCCCGAAGGGUGGACCCCUCCGGAGGCCGACGCGCCGAUUUUGCUUUGGGGCGGGGCCGGGUCCGUGGGAAUGUACUCCAUCGAAGUCUUCCGGCAUUGGGGAUACAAGAACCUCGUCGUCGUCUCGAGCAAGAAGCAUCACGAAUAUUUGAAGUCACUUGGCGCCACCAUCUGUUUCGAUUACCGAGACAAGCACGUUGUCGAUGAAAUCCGGGAGUACCUUGGGCCGCAAGGUGUGCCCUACGUGAUCGACUGCAUCGGACACUUGACGGGGUCAUUAGGGCACAUCACAAAACUGGCGGACGACGGCACCAAAGUUGCUGUGAUGCUGCCGGUGGUCAUCAGUGACCCGACAGAAAUUCAAGCACCUGUCUAUCAGAUGACGGAGCCAGCGGAAGGACAGUGGAAGGAGGGUGUCAUUGUCAAGGGGGUUCGAACGCAUUUUUAUCUCAAGAACGAACUCUUCAAAGACAAGAUGCAAUGUGAGAUCAUUCCGACGUUACUCGAGCAGAAGGUCGUGCGGCCGAACCCUCAGAGGAUAGUGGAAGGCGAGACACUGCUGGAAAGGGCACAGGAUGCGAUCGUGCUACUGAGAAACAAGGCAUUUUUCGUGCAAACGACCAUGGCCUCAUCAAUGUUGGCUAUCACGGCACCAAACUACACUGACCCUUCGGGAUACCAGCUCUCCACAAUAUCCCAACCAGUUAUCUCCGACCCUACGGAUGUCCUAUUUCGGGUUCACGCAGCGAGUAUCAACCCAGUAGAUGUGAAGAAAGCGGCUGGCAUUUUCAAGCUUGCGGUAAAGGAAAGCUUUCCAUACCAGAUUGGAUAUGAUUGCGCUGGGGUCGUAACGCAAGUCGGCAAAGACGUAAAAGGCAUCAAAGUUGGGGACGAAGUUUUUUCUCGCUUACCAGAAGCAAAUCGAGGAGCAUGGAGCGAAUAUGCCAAAUGCCCGGAACACUAUGUCGCAUUGAAGCCCAAAAACCUUUCAUUUGAGGAUGCUGCGUCGUUGCCGUUGGCCGGCAUGACGGCGUUGCAGACAUUAAGUCGAUAUCAGGGUUCGCUUGCAAGCAAGACGGUAUUUGCUCCCGCGGGCUUGAGUGGUACAGGAGCAUAUGCUUGCCAGCUGGCGAAGAAGGUUUUCAAUGCCGGCAAGGUGAUCACCACCGUCUCGACUUCAAAGGUUGACCAAGUGCCCAAGCUGUUGGGAGAGGGCACAGUCGAUCAAGUGAUUGAUUAUACCAAGGAGGAUCCGACAAAGGUGAUUCCACGCGCAUCAGUGGACUUCAUCUUGGACACGACGGGUGAAGCCAUGUCUUUUCUUCAUCUCAUGGUUCCGUCAACCAGCCUUAUCGUCUCCAUCUCAACGCAGCCAUCUGGUACCCAACUUCAGCAGUCGAGCGUGAUGAGACGACCUGAUAAUCCACGACUUCCGUGGUUCGGGCGCUUGUUCUUGGAUUUUUUCGACACGUAUCGUAGGACACGGGCUCGAAGAUGGGACGUGGCGUACGAGUAUUUGUUCCUUGACCCCAACGCGAAGGAUCUCAAGACACUGGCCGGGCUUGCGGAGGAGGGAAUGAUUACGCCGGUAGUUGGAUGCACGGUGAAUCUCAAAGAUGUUGAUGAAGUCAAGGCUGCAUGUGGGACAGUAUACAACGGGAAGGGAGGGUUAGGCAAGACAGUGAUUAGGGUUGGCUAG